AUGGUCGUUCUUACUAGGCAAAGGUGGUUUGGGGGGGACUUUUGCAUCAACAUUGCAGGGCACAUCAAGAGAGCAGCCAACAAAGCCGCCAAGGUUGCGGGAGAGCUUACACGGUUAAUGCCGAACGUUGGGGGCCCGUGGAAAGCCAAAAGGUGGCUUCUGGCGUUGGUCUCUAACUCGAUACUCCUGUACGGCGUGGAGGUUCACUUGCACCUACCACACGGUUUCCUAUGCUGCUGUUAUGGUGAUAGCCCAACGAUUCCCGUCGUGUUGCUUGCACUGGAGUGGCGAAGAAAAUUCCUGAGCUCCAGUAACGAAAGUGAUGGCGACAGAUGGGAGAAAUCAUUGACGACGUGGCCUCAGGAUUGGGAUCGGGCUAGUGUUGGUAGAUGGACUCACUGUCUGAUCCUGAACCUGCGACCAUGGGUGGGAAGACGGCAUAGACAGGUAAAUUAUAACCUCACCCAGUUCCUCUCUGGGCAUGGUCAGUUCGAUGCCUAUCUCCACCGUGUGGCAGUGAAAGCAUCCCCCAGAUAUGUUUACUGCCCUGCGGUGGUUGAUACUGUCGAACACACGUUUUUCGUGUGCAAGAGAUGGCACCGUGAGUGCCAGCAACUAGUCGAUAAGCUCGGCGUGACACCUACUCCUGAAAACGUUAUCUCUAAAAUGCUUCGCACCAAAGAGUGA